AUGUCCGAGGCAAGAAGUGGUAACAGCGCUGAAGAGCAACCCCACGUCGCCAGCCAAGACAAUGACAACAGCAACACCACGCCUGUGACCGCCCCAGCCCCGGCGACGACAUCUGUUUUUAUUGGACUUGGCCCCGCCGCUUCCACCAUUUCUGACGAGGCACUGCGCGAGCGCCUUGAGGAGGUGGCACCGGUGCUUGGCGUGCGCAUCCGUGGCCGCUGCGCCUUUGCAGAUGUGCCUGAUCCGGAGGCCGCCGCCCGGCUUGUGUCGGAGUUGGACGGGAAACUCAUUGGCGAGGCACGCAUGGCGGUGCAGCUCAGCCGCAGCAAGGAGAAGGAGCGGCCUCCGGCCAACAGCAACAGCAACAACAACAACAGCAGCAGUAAUAAAAAGAACGGGGCCAACCCGGGCAGGACGUCGCUUUUUGUCGGUCUUGGCCCGGCGGGCGGCGCCAUCUCCGAUAAGGAGCUGCGCGGCAAGCUGGAGGAGGUCGCCCCCAUCACCGGCUUCCGGCGGCGGGGGCAGUGCGCGUUUGUCGACGUGGCGGACGUGGCGCAGGCGUCGCGGAUGAUUGACGAACUCAACAAUCAGUACAUUGGCGACUGCCGCCUCUCCGUUCAGUACAGCCGCGACAACAAGAACUCCCGCUCCGGUGGCCGCGUGGAGAAGCGUAGCCGCAGCCCCAUCCGUCGUCGCCACCGUCACCGUAGCCGUAGAAGCGAUAGCCCCGACCGCCGCCGCUAUCGCCGCCGCAGGAGCCGCAGCUACAGCAGCCGCUCCAGCUCUAGCCGCGGGAGCAGCUACUACUCAGACGACAGCCGGGACCACCGCCGCCGCGACAGGCGGGACCGCCGACGCCGCGAACGCAGCCGCAGUUAUAGUAGCCGGUCGCGAUCGAGCAGCCCGGCCUACCGCAAGCGUCGUGACUGA